UCAUAUUCUAACACACGAUUUUAUCAUAAAGAGUUUCAUCACUUUUCCUGAUUCUUUUCUCUUACAUGAUCUUAAGAAUUAUUAUUAUUGUGUUAAAAAUGAUAAACUAUUUUAUGUUUGAUUAAAAGGACUUUUGCUGUAGCUUAAACUGGUCAAAUAUUUACUUAUUUGUAAAAAAAAUUAGUUUGUAAUUAUUAAGUUAAUUUAAUUUUGAAGGGGACACCCCUAUAUAAAAUUCAUGUGUCUACUACUGCAGCUUGAUAUGUUGCCUGUCUUGCCGAUUAGUAUGUAAUUCGGUUUCAGUUCAAUUCGAUUUGAAAGACUUAACCCGAACCGGAUGCCCACCCUACUCCUCUCUGCACCAAAAAGGGCCUAAAUGCAGAGUGGGAUUGUUUGCCAGAUGGCUAAGCCGAAGAAUUUAAUGCAGUUCGUCAGGAAAGGGGCAUCACUGCAUUUAAUUCCUGCCAUCCCCAUCCUCAACUGGUAACCACUCCCUCUCCCCCCAUUUCCCAUUCUCCUCCCCUCCAUCAAAGAAAAAUAGACGCAAACCGAUUAACCCAAUAAGCCCAUUUCUCUGUUCCUCCCCACCCUUCCUUCCCUUCCCAUUUUUCCUUGCUCUGCAACAUCUCUGCUCCAUAGAUGGCUGAUAAUAGUAACAGCAACAGCAACAACAACGAUGCAGCUCUUCGUGGCAGUCUCAUCGCGCUGGCUGCAGUCAUGGCGGCGGUGGGCAUCUGGACACACUCCAUGAGGAAAGUUGGAGUUACUUACAUGGUGGGUAUGCUUGGGAUCGCGGGCAUUCUUCUUCCCGAUUGGGAUUACUUCGACAGAGAUUACUCUCGCUGGUUCUAUCCCGUCACUGAACAGGAGAAGCUGGCUCUCUCCAGACGAUCUGGCCUCAGGAGCAGGACUUACCCUCUUAGACUGAUCGGUUACAGCAUUGUUUACGGCUAUGGUUUUUACAAGUGGUGGAAAUUUGUAUCCAGCUGAAUUUGCUUUGGAUCAGCGACUUUGAUGAUUCGAUUGAUUAAUUUUCUUGUCAAGAACUAGAUGUGAGGGGCUAACUGUGAAAAUUGCAGUGGUAGUUCUUGAAGAAGAACAGCAGUGGAAAAAAAGUGUCCUUCAGUUUUAUGGACAGCAUCAAUCCUACGGCAUUUGCCCUCUUCAUUUAAGUUGCUUACGUUUUCCAGCUAAUAUGUAUGAAGUUUGUCAUGCUUUAUUUUGUUUGGCUUUGGCCCAUAGUUUGGUUGGUUUCAAUUGUUCAGCAGCAAAUGGUAGGUGACGCAGUAAUGUUGGGGCAGAAUGUUAGGGAUGGGUUCUUCUUCUCAGUAUAACUGAAAUGGACAAUUUGGUUUAUGGGGCAAUUUCUCAAGAAAUAAACUUGUACAAUUGGUGGUUCAGGGAAUUUUUGUUUAUUCGUUUUGACAUUAACUAGCUUACAAGCCUAACCUUUUAGGAAUGAUUUUUAGGUAUAGGAUAGGAUGUAGAACGUUUGGUUAUUCAUAAAUUAGGUCUAGUCUCUUAGUUUGUAAUAGAAUUAGAAGCAACGGUGACAUUACAAAAAUGAUUAAUUUUCCUAUUUUUUGAGUUAAUUUUUUAGUUUGAUCCGAACUUUACACUAAUUAACUACUUUAACUACAAAUUUCUAAAAAUAUUAUCAUGUUCGAAAUUCCAAACUAACUGGACCAAUUUGGCCCAACACCUUGAAUUGACCUUUAAUAAAAUAAAAUAAAAAUU